AUGGAUAACUUGAUCGGAGCUGGUUCAUCCAACAAUGGAUCGGACGGUGUUGAUAAGUUACUGGACCAAGAUCAACGGUUGCUACCGAUAGCCAACGUGGGGAGGAUCAUGAAGCAAAUACUGCCACCAAACGCAAAGAUCUCCAAGGAAGCGAAGGAAACCGUGCAAGAAUGCGUGUCGGAGUUCGUGAGCUUCGUGACGGGGGAGGCCUCCGACAAGUGCCGCUGUGAGAGGCGGAAGACGGUCAACGGCGACGACGUUUGCUGGGCUCUGGCCGCCUUGGGAUUCGAUGACUAUGCCGGCCCUUUGAAGAGGUUAAACGACGAAAAUCUUCUUGCGUUUGAAGACCAUGUCCGUCGAAACGACGACGAUGUAUGUCAAUGA